GGGCCGAUGGAGACGCCGGCGUACUCGCACCUCAGCUCUGAGGACUUCCGGCGGGUGUACGAGCCCGCGGAGGACACCUUCCUGCUGCUGGACGCCCUGGAGGGCGAGGCGGAGUCCCUGGCAAGCCGCCGGCCGGCGCUGUGCCUGGAGGUGGGCAGCGGGGCGGGCCUGCUCUCCGCGGCGCUGGCGCGGCUCCUGGGCGCCGGCUGCGCCUGCCUCGCCGUGGAAGCGGCGGCGGCCGCCUGCCGGGCCACGGCGGCGACGGCCCGGGCCAACGCCUGCCGCGUCGAGGUGGUGCGAGGCGACCUGGCCUCCGCGCUGGCCGGCGACGGGCGCGUCGACGUGCUGGUGUGCAACCCCCCCUACGUGCCCACGGAGGAGUCCCCCGGCGCCGACCCCGACCGGCUGAGCCGCGCCUGGGUGGGAGGCGCAUGCGGCCGACAGGUGAUGGAUCGCUUGUUUCCGGAUGUCCCACGCCUUCUGUCGAAGCAAGGAGUAUUUUAUCUACUAGUGAUCAUGGAGAACAAGCCACUCGAGAUCCAGGAGCUGAUGGCAGGUUACGGUUUCCAGAUGACCGUUCUGAAAGACAGGAAGAUCAGAGGGGAACAUCUCGUUGUGUUGAAGUUCACGAGAGAGAGUGAAGUGUGAGAUGAAUUCAUGCUUUACUUUAAUAUGUUAUACAUUUUUUUGUCGUUAUAUUUUGUAUCUGAAUAAAACUGCGAGCUUCAUUCUCUGUAAAUAAAGUCAUGUUGAAGUA